AUGAUGGAAAAAAGUCUACAAAUUGUGUAAUUAAAAUAGCGAAGACGUCGCAAUUAAAAAGAUAUAUCUACAACAUUAGUAUAAACUACACAGUUAAUAGUUCGUUUGUUUCGCUCUGAUUGGUGGUUUGUAAGUGAUUACCAAGUACUAUUCACCUCUGUGUGGCCGUAGAGUCAAAAUCCCGCGUCAAUAAUUUAAUUUCCGACCAUUUUUUUGGCAAAUUUAGAGAGAUAAACUAAUCUCUUUGGUUUCUGUGCGGUAUAUACGAAAAAAAUACUCACCACAGUAUCAGUGGAAGUGGUGAAUAUUUACCACCACCUACUUCGCGGCUCGGUAAACACCAUCACUAUUCACCUCCACCUAGGUGAAUGAUUUUUAAAUAUCAAAGAAAAAUACGCACCAUCAAAGUAUCUUUAUAAGUGGAAUAAUGAAAUUAUUGUCGGAUUUGUUAUCAGACUUCUAGCUUUUAAAAUCUUAACAGGCCUAUUUGCUUGAUAUUGAAAGAGUAAAAGUUCGUAUGUACUGUUUUCCGAGAUCGACCGAAUAAUUAAAAGUUGGAUGAGAGCAGUUUGGGGGAUGAAACGCUUAUAAUUGUCACAAAUAUUGUUGUUAAACACAAGCUCGCUGUGAGUUAUGAUGUAUAACCAAUGAAAAUUGCGUGCAGUUCGAUCAAUAAUUGUUUGGGCGUUUCUUCGUCUGCAAUCUGUUCAAUAGUUUGAUCACGCAAACAGUCGAAUAUUGACAGCUGGUAUUAAGAAUUUGGCCACAGACCUGAAAUUCUGGCAUACUUGACCGAAAACUUUACUUCCAUUAUUAUAUUGAUAUCUCUUUAUUUCUCCUUUGGUCUAACUUUCCAUCUGAACGAGGAGUAAGGAACUUUGGGUAGGUAUAGCACUAGAAAUAAUAAUUUUUGCCGCUGUUAUCGUUAAUUAUUUUUUGGUGUAAAAUACCACACACAGGCUAGGAUCACAUCUUUUAAAACUAUCACUUCUUGUGAGGGGACCCGAUCUAGCUUUCAGCUUUUAGAUUUAUCCGGACAGGAAUCUAGCGAUGCACUUUUCAACAGCUUUCCAAUCAUAUUAAACUGGCUGACCAGCAGAAAGUUUUAUUGAUUUACGUAGUCUUAGAACAACGUGAACAUCAUUUGUGAACAUUAAGAGCUUGCAACAACGACAGCAUCGUUUUUUGUUUCUUUGUGGCUGGUUUUCCAGGUUUCCUAACCACUUCUUCAGCCAGAAUUUUUCUAUUUAUAACAAAUAUUUUGACAUGAUUCAAAAUACAAGAAACAAAAUAAAAGUGCUAAACACAAUCUAAUUAGUUUCUAUAGCAAAAAAUAAACAUUAGGAUAAGCUUGAUACGACAACUUUAAAUGUUAGAAGAAGACAUCUUAAAGAAAUGGCACAUACUCAAGAUAAAAAUAGUCCAUCAGAAAAUGGCCGAAUACAGUUGACAGAGGGUUUCCAAUUCAAAUUGAAACAUCUGCUGUAAUUUGACCAAAUGCACCUUUAAGUUCCACUUGACCGAUCUAUCGGGAAUGCUAUAAGGUUGCAUUCAGUAGGCUCUGAAAUUUUAACCAAUGAAUUCAGCUCUAAAGCGGAGAAAGUAAAACACUCUUGUUAAACUGACAAAAUAGUCGAUAAAGAGUACAUGACACACAUAGUUAAACAUUUUUUGGCUCGUUUACCUUUCAAUUUCUUUAGUCAAUUUACUUAUGUCGUGCGUGAUACAAGAAUUUAGAUGUAGUGUUUUUAAAAAAAUCUAUCAUUUAUUUAUCAAACUAAAUAAAUAACUACUUUAUGUUACAUUUCUGGAACAAGUCUUUAUAGAAGGCUAAGAACUCGGUCAAAAAAACUUAAUAUGGGCUUCAAAACCAUCCACCCAUAUGCUACUUCACUUUCAAGAGGUUGUCACGAUUGGAAUAUAAUUUUCUGAAAAUCGCCGUGGAAACUGAGAAAUACUAAAUAAUCAUAUGUUGUGCUCUGGUUACCUUCCUUCCAUUUCUUUCGUCAGUUCCCUAUUUCGUUUCCACCUGGAUCAUCGGUGCUAAAGCGUUAAUUUUUCUUUUGGUGGGUGAGUGGCAGUUUUGGCCAGCCGUUCUUGAGAACCAUACGAUGUUAAACAGCGUCAGCUUGUCGGCCAAAGCAUCAUUUGGAGAUGAAUCGUUAACAUUAUCCAGAAAUUCUACAUGAGAAACAUGAUUUCCGUCCAUUAAAAACCACUCUCGAAUUAAACCAGAAAGGCAAUAUUUCAUUUUCACGACUUUGAAAAAGUAACUAAGCUAACUGAAAAACCACAAAAAAAUAGAAAUAUGAUCUGGAGGAAAAUGAACAUCGGGUUUUAUUGUUUCUCUAUGAGGUUAGACUUGCAUAUACAUAAAAUUUUUCAAUCGACUAUGGAAAUUUUAUAGCAUGAUAUACUUAUAUUCGAAGCUGAAAGAACACUCAAAUUUCAAACAAUAAAGCGAAUGAUUUACAAAACUUUAAAGCGUUCAUGGAUCAGAUCGGCCAUUAAUUCUCAAAUUCACUGCGUGUAAUUGUAAAAGGAUUAUAGACGCAGUCGUGGGCGAUUGCUGUGUGGGGUUUCCACAAAAAUCGUUUAGUUUGUAUCAAGGCGGUUUGAAGGUGGAUUUUGGAUAAUUUUCUAUCUGAGAGCCCCCUCUUCACUUACUUAGAGAACCUUGUUAGGUUAAGCAUCUUGGAAACCCGCAUUACAUUUGGUUCGUGUAGUUACGUCGUCGAGUAUUUUUGCAAAACAUCAUUUUUGUCUCCUUUGAACCAUGGGUAAAAGCGAAAGAUUAUCAAGUAGCUGUACACAUUUACCAAAUACCAAUUCCUUGGCAAUUUGUCAAGAUAUUAUUCAUUUAUUCUGUUGACAUCACAAAAUACGAGUAACAGGUGGAUUAUUACUUCGAAAAUUUUUAUUUGAGGCCAUUUACUAAGUGUAAUUGUCGACUGCCACCGCAAGAUGAAAAAAUAUCAUAAUGAGUGAGCUGCGUAAAUCCUCGCCGUUUUUACCUAUUUUACUGAGCAUCAUUAGCAGUCCCCAGAUACAAGUUCACUGUACUCUCAGUUCUGGUGAUUCUAGGUGAAAACACUCAUUUAUUUGACGGUAAGUUAAUUAUUUAUCUUGGUGAGACUGCGACAGGUAAAGUAGCAUUUUGCAAUUGCAGGUGUGAAAAAACUAAACUUCGUCAGUGUUUUAAACUCUUGAAGAAGUUCAAGUAACGAAAUUCAGGUUGGAAAAAAGGAAAGUUCUCGCCCGACUCACUUUAAAAGGAAACAAGAAAAAAAGAAAGUAAUAUAUCUAUGGACAUAGUAUACUCGAAGGGUAAAUGAAAAUAGUCAAUAGUGAUAUUUCUGACAGGAGUUUGGCAAACACGAAAAGGCAAGCGCUUAUUUUUAUUUUAUUUUGUUUUGUUUUUUUUUUUUUUUGUAUUUUCCGUUUUUUUUGCAUAUCAAUAAGAAAGGCUUUGAAGCGAAAGUCUCGCACGCCAUUCUUUUAACUCAAGCUUCAAUGGAAAGAUUAUAUUGAUAACUUUGCGUCUUUGUUCGGUUGAAUAUCAUAUGUAGCGUUAAAACACGUUUUCUGUUUAUUUCGUGCCGGACGUGACCAUAUUGUCAAACCUUGGGGCCUCAAUUACUAAACUAUUACAUAUUCUGAGCCAACGACAAAACCUAUACAACUGAUAAAUAAAUUUUGCUUGUGUUCGAUAUCAACGUUAGGAAUUAAACUUUUUAAAAUUCAAGUAAGUCACGGGAAAAUUGCGCUAACUGUAACAAUAUUUGGUUACACGUUGCGAGAAAAGGAGAUGUUUAUCCAAGUACUCAGCACGGAAAGAUAAGACUCGUUCGUUGCCCAAUAGUACAUGUUGUUUAAUAUUUGUUUUGUUUCUCAAAACGGUGAUUUUAAUGUAUUUUAAGACGUAACUUUUAAAACAGUUUACCUUUCAAAUAUUACCGCCUAUCAAAUAUGCUUUUAUCAACAGUAUCCGGACAAUAGGCGAGGAGUAAAUUGUUUAAAUAUCAUAAAAGGAAAAGCUGUUUUAAAUAAUAAAACAUUGUCAUAAGUGACAGCGGCAGGUUCGGAUUGGUCCCCUUUAUUCAUUUUUCGUCAAUUAAUUUUCCAACUACGAAAAGAACGCGUUAAGUUUGAUUUUUUUUGAGUGAAACUAAAGCGAAUGUAAUUGCACCCUCAGAUUGGCGCUUUGGUGGAUAACUCGACCACACUGGUUGGUGCGUAAGUUGUAAUCCAGCUUUCCACAUUGUUUACGAUCCUUAGUUGACAGAAUGGCGGCCAUCGGAAAUGCGUCCUUCAAUAAUGUCCUUGAGACAAGUCAGAGAAACAUGAGCACGCCUGCUCCAGAACAUUGCUUAAGCACGGAUCUUAGCCAACUCACAGCUACAAUACACAUUUUCACGCUGUUUGCAUCCUUGAUAGGAAAUUCUCUCCUUAUUACAGCAUUCGUGAGAAUGAAAGAAAAAGUCCUGCUAGCGAUCGCUAGCAUGGCAGCAUCGGACCUUCUGACGGCAGUCUUUUUACUCCCGCGCUUCAUUACAAACGAAAUCAAUGGAUCCGGUGCUUUCCUUGUCCAUGGAAAUGGAGGCACAUUUUUGUGCAAGAUGUGCAGUUUCCUAGGCGACACGUCGCUAUCUGUUUCGACUCUGAGCAUGGUUGUUAUCGCUAUUGAGCGCUUCCUUGCAGUGGUGUAUCCUGUUCAAUACAAGAAUACCUCUAGAGUGAGACGUCGCGUUUUCUUCGCCUCAACAUGGAUCAUGGCUGCAGCAUUUCACUCGCCAUACUUUUAUACUCAUCGACUAAUCAGAUUUUUUAUGAAUGGCCAUGAGAUUCAAAUCUGUCUACCGAGGUGGGAACCAGCUUUCAAUAACGAGUCAGCGCAUUAUCGAUACAAUAUAUUUCUAUACACAACAGUGUUGAUUCUACCGCUACUCGCCAUUUCUGUUUUGUACAUAAUAGUGGCUUUGCGUCUCCGAAAGGACAAAAUGAGUUCAUGUCGAAGCGAGAACGGAACAAGACGGAUUCGAAGACGCACUCGGACAUUCCUCAUGAUGGCCAUUUCUACUACUACUGCAUUUUUGAUCUGCUGGAUGCUCCAUAUCGUUUUAACUUCCAUUAGGCUCAUUUCACCUUGGUUGGUUCCAGAGUGCAAUAAGGGCUACCAGACAGUUUCCUAUAUUUCGUACGUUUUGGCGAGUUGUUAUUGUGCUGUAAACUCAUGGCUUUGCCUUUUGCUUAUCCCACAGUUUCAAAAUGAACUGAAACUCAUGAUGCAGAAGAUACAAUCUCGAUGUUAUGCAAAGAAGAGUAAAAGAUAUGGUAAAAAGUAUAUACGCUCACGGAAAUACGAAGUGAAGGACGUCAUGCAUCGAUUUGAAAGCAGUGAUCAGUCAACCAUUCACGUUGGCGAAGACCAGGAAACCCAAACUUAA